GAGUCGCUACCACCGCCGUCGCCGCUUCUGCCGCCACUGCCACCGUCACUGAUGCCGCCGGCGACGCCACAAGGAUUCAGCUUCCCGUUGCCGACUCCGCUUGAUCUCUUCUACGACCAACAUGCCGACGAUGUCGGGAGUGGGAUUACGGACUGGAAUUCCUUGUUCGCCGGCCAUCUUGGGCUCGAUCCGGUGACUGUGGAGGAUAAUGGAGCUACGUUUCAGGGGCAUUUGGACGCCACCACCAACAACUUUUGUGAAGACAUGAAUAAGGGUGGGAAAGGUGGCAAUAAGGGCAGCGGUGGCAGCAGCAGCAGCAGGAGGAUGAGGAAGGCAUGUAAGCCAAGGUUCGCUUUCCAAACGAAGAGUGCGAAUGAUAUACUGGAUGAUGGCUACCGGUGGAGAAAAUAUGGGCAGAAGACUGUAAAGAAUAGCUCAUAUCCAAGGAGCUAUUACAGGUGCACCCACCACACCUGCAACGUGAAGAAACAGGUGCAGCGUCUCUCCAAGGACACGAGCAUAGUGGUGACGACGUAUGAGGGAAUACACAACCACCCUUGCGAGAAGCUCAUGGAGAGCCUCACCCCUCUCCUUAAGCAGAUGCAGUUUCUUUCCAGGUUCUAAACCACUGCAACUUCUGUUCUGACUUUGAUGCUCGAGGAAAAGUUAUGUAAGAAACCCAAAAUGCAUGGAGGAUCCCCUUGUUGUUUGGUUUGGUAUCUGUUAUUGCAACUCUCCUAACUUCACGUGAGUUGCGUUGCAUGUAAAAACUUUAAAUGCUUGGUUGUUCAUGUGCAUGUGCUUUUGUGGCAUAUAUA